CUUUAAUUCAUAGAAAUUAAACCAAUAGUAGUACAUAUAGGCAGAGUAUAGCAUAUGGGCCGGUGCCCCUUCCAUGAAUUGGGCCCUGGGCCAGGACCGGCCCUGCAUAUAGGACCCGCUCAAAAUCCCCGUUUCGCGCCUAAUUUCUCUCUCCUCUCAGUGGCAGCAGGCAGCGAGUUUCCAUUCCGAACCCUAACCCUAGUCCAUCCACUCCUCACCCCCGGAAGCCGCGCCUCCUCGCCCCUCACGUUCGCCGUACGUCCUCGGCUCCUCGCCGGUCUUCGUCGCCCUCCCUGAUCCGUUCUCGCUGCCGUGCUCCGGACUCACAGAAUCUCUGGUGAUGGUGGGAGCUACGCUGGCCAGGUCGGUGUAUGUGUAUGAGAUUCGUGAGACGUUUUUCUCCUAUCUCGGGGAAAAUCAGCACGCGAAGUUGUCAUCGACUCCGGUGAUCCCCAUCGAUGAUCCCAAGGUGCCCCUGAUACAUACAUGCCUGAAUCGGUUCAAGGGGGCCCUUAAUGGCACAGGGAGGCAUCGCACCUGCUUUUCUUUGAGAUGCAUUAUCACCAGCUCCGAUGAUGAUGUGAUCGAACACUUCAGAAGCGACACCACUUACCAUCGAUUUACAGAAAUCCUCGGGAGUUGGUCUUGUGGGGACUACUUGAAGGCGGAAGCUAUUGGGUUGUUACUCAGUCUUCUCAGCAUGAAAUAUCGAUUACCAGAAUCUAGAAUAUAUGCCACAUACUUCGGUGGUGGUACAUCUUCUGGUUUGAGUCCAGACAAUGAAUCAAAAACUGCAUUGCAGAAAUGCAUUGGGGAAGAAAGAAUCCUACCUUCUAUGUCUAAGAUUUUUGGAUGAGCGGUGAAACUGGUCCCUGUGGGCCAUCUGUUGGAAUUUUCAAUGAUGGUUCAAAUGGUCAAGGUGGUGUUAAUGGCAAACUUAUUGAGAUAUCCCGACUUGUAUUUGUUGAGUUCAAUAGGCAAGCAGAUGGCGUAUUGAGUCCUUUGCAAGCCAAACAUAUCUUAACAGGGAUUAAUCUUCAAUGUUUGGCUGCCAUCCUUCAAAAGAAAGGAAGCCACUAUGAAGUAGAUGACUAUGCUGACAUAAUUCAGUGCAUCUAUGAAAGAACUGGUGAAGGAAUCGAGAACUAUUCUGGUAAAGUUGGUGAUGCUGAUACUGAUGGGGUUGAUACAGCUUACCGCCUGCUUGCAGAUCACAUGAGAAUGAUUGCUGUUACUAAUGCUCCUGGUUCUCAGCUUGGGCUUGGACAUGAAGGUCGUGUGUUUUUCCUAAAGUGUGCCGACAAGCUGGCUGUGCAAUAUGGCCUCAAAGUACUUAAGAUACAUGAGAAAGAUGACUAUGAAGUCCACUGUUGCUGCUGGUGAAUUGCUUUCCCUUGGCCUUUUGUUGUUGAGAGGGGGCACAAACUUCUCGCUAUGCCUAAUCUUCAGCCAACAAUGAAGGAAAGGAAACCCCUUCUUUCCAUCUGCAUAUGCAUUUUGAGCUUCUAGCAACUGAAACCAAAGAUGCAGCAGCAGCUUUUAGCAACAUUUUUGAGCUUCUAGUAACUGAAAUCGAAGAUGCAGCACCUAAUAAUAUCAAAGAUGCAGCAGCUUGUACCAACAAUGAUGCAGCACCUAAUAAAAUUCUUGGCACUCCACUAGGAUGAAGAUGCUCAACCUCGUCAUAUAAGCCUUGAAACUUCUGGCACUCUUUGUGAAUUGUUGCCCCCCUAUGCUCAAGAGAACUUGGAUUCCUGUCAGAUGUAAAUUUUCUGUUGGCAUGAAAGUUCUCAGAAUUCACUUCCAAUAGGCCUUGCCAGGUUGCCCAUUUCAGGUGAUAGGAUCCAAACUUAUGUUCUCCCAUGGUUCACGUAAUUGGAUGUCUUCAUCCAGAGAGUAGUUGGCAGCACAUCGCCUUCCUCUUUGGUGCACUAGGUUGACUAGGUAAAAUUCCAUUGUCAUGAAUCUCAAUUUCGUCGGACAUCAACCGUGACCACCUCCCUGUGUGCUCGAAACAACCAGGAAGCAGCGGCCUCAAUGUUACCUUCGACAGGAGAGUUGCAGUGACCGAAGGUCGCGAUUCACAAGGGAUUCACAGGGGUUGGUGGUCCAGAUGAAACUGCCGUUUUGGGCCUGUCCAAGAGCCUACAGGAAUGAGGACCGUGACCACGCACCUCCCUGUGUGCUUGAAAGGACCAGGAAGCAGCGACCUCAAUGUUACCUUCGACGGGAGAGUCGCCGGGGCCGGAGGUUGCGUCUCGCAGGGGAUUUGCAGGGGUCAGUGGUCCAGACGAAACUGCCGUUUCGGGCCUGGCCAAGAGGCUUCAGGAAUGGGGUGGGGUCUAGAGGGGGAAUUUGGGUGCCCAGCCAAAUUUCGGGGCCCUGCUGGAGCUGCGUUUUUGGCCUGGGCACCCAUAUUUAGCUAGGGGCUCUGAGUACGGGGCUAGGGGCCCUGUUGUAGUUGCUCUUAUGUGGUAUGACAGUAUGGCUUAUUUGAUGUAUCGUAGCAACUCUCAAAGCAUUCAGUUAGGUCACCUGCAAGUCUGCAUGAUUUGGGAGUCGUCGUCAACAAAUUUUGUAUUUUUUGCUCCUUGCUGUAUUGAGUUUCCGCUUUGUCUUUCCUCCAGAAGUAUCUUGCCAAGAACGGCUUGAGACUACAUAUGCUUGUGUUGUUUUUACAAGUCUGCUCGAUUCUGAUUUAUGUCCUGAGCGUGAAGGGUACAGAAAAAAAGAUCAAAUAGAAGAAGAUGAAGUGGUGAUUUACCUAAACACUAUAGCGGAGUUGCGGGAUCAGAAUUUGCCAUUUGACAUGGUAGAGAAGAAAAAAAAGAAGAAAGAUGCCACUUCUGUUGUGUGGUAUGCAACAAGAUGCAUUGAAUUUCUUGGUCGGCGCACACUCGUUGUCCUCAAGAAUAAGAAUACACACUGCUCUCUAGUAGCACUAUGUAACGUUCUCCUUCUUGGAGAGAAGAUAACUCUCAAUUUAGAUAUCAAUAAGGUGUCUGAGGGCCACCUCAUCUAUCUUGUCCAGAGUUAUCUUUUGUAUGGGAAUACACAAAUGCAGUUGGAACAGAACUUGGAACUAUCAGAGUUCAAUAAACAAGUUCUUGGUGUAUUGCCGAAGCUUCCGGGCAGUUUAUACUUUGAUGUGAAAUUCGCUAGCUCUUGUGGUUUUGAGCAGACCUUAGAAACCGCACUUUUUGGUUUUCUCGGUGUCCCUCUACACCAUGGCUGGACGGUUGAUCGCCAGGAUGUUGAGUUGGGCUCCUCCAUACACAGAAGCUCCUACAUCAGACUUUCGGUAGCUCUUGCUGUUUAUGAAUCACUUCUAUCCGGGCCUCAAAAGCAUGAUGUUGGGUGUGAAGACGACAUGUUCUAUUCUGCGCUUGCAUUCUCUUCAACCGAACCAGAAGAACUUACCAGUUGUGCAAGGAUCUCAACCUUUUUGAGGGGCCCUCAGCUAACCCCUUAUGGAUUCUCUUCAUUAAAAAAUGACCUUAAAGAGAGACAACCCUCUCUCCUACUUUGGAAUGAAACAUUACUUACAAUAUCUAAGAGUGAGCAAAAGGAAAAUGAUGUUGGAUAUUUUGUUGAUUACUGGUAAGAUCAGAAUGUUGAAGUGUUAUUACAAGUUCUUGCUCUAUUUGAUUUUUAGGUAUGUUUUGCUAACUCAAUGAAAUCAUGCAUUUGAUUUAGCCACUAACGAAAAAUGAAAGAAAGAAGAAAAGGAAAAAAGCGAAGAUGGGUCUUAAGGGGCCCUUAGUACCCAAGGAGAAAGAGGAGGAUAGGAACGAAGACGGAAAGGAGGAUAAGAACAAAGACAGAGACGACGAGAAGAAUGAGGAGAAAGACGAUGAGAAGACUGAGGAGAAAGAUGAUGAUAAGGCCAAGGAGAAAGAUGAUGGGGAGGUCGAGGAGAAAGAUGAGAAUAUACAGGAGAAAGCAAUUAUAUCUGGCAACCGUGGCAACUUGAAAAUGAGGCCUAUUGAUUUUUUCGGACGAUCUACCCAUAUUAUCCACCAAAAACAUGAUGGCCCCUGCGCCCUUAUUGCAAUAUGCAAUGUGCUACUACUCAAGGGGGACAUCUUUUUUGGAGCAUGUGAAACUGUGGUUUCAAUCGAUUAUCUACUUGACCUUGUCUACCCUCUUAUAAGCGGAAGUGCGAAAAUGCAGGCUCAUUGUCCUGAAAUACAAAGAAUGAUAUGGGAUGUGGCACCGACACUGGCCAAAGGGUUUGAUGUGGACAUUAUCUUCACAAGGACGGAUGGUUUUACGAAGACACCAGAGUGGUUACUUCUUGAUUGCUUGGAUCUCAAUGUUCGACAUGGUUGGGUUGCUACUAGGGAUUUGUUGCCUGGACCCGAAGUAUCAUUGGAAACUCUUAGUCUGGCGGCUUGUGAACCUGAUUUUCCUCAUGCGGAGACGAUCCAGAAGUUUCUAAGGGGAAAUCAACUUACUCCCACCGGCUUGGUUUCCCUACAUGAAGACCUUGUUGAAAACGUUCCAUGCAUUAUGUACUGGCACUAUCAUUACAAUACUAUAGUUAAGGUCAAUGGAGUUGUACAUUCUUUAGUCACCAAUUCAAAUUAUUUAAGAACUAAUGCAUUUUGGCAGACGCUUGAGGUCAAUGGUGGCGGAGUAUAUUUGGACAGCAACUUCACACCAAUUUAUACGGGGCUUGAUGCAGCUCCUUUGGGUUCACUCAAGGAGUUUGUUAAGAUUCCUGGUAAUAGGUUCUCUGCAUUAAGAACCUUAUUUGCUGAUGCUCUAGCCGAAGAGGACCUCAGUGCCAUGGUAUUCAAUACACAAUCCCAGAAGCCAUUAAGACGUGUCGGAAGCCCUCCAGUUGAUGUUGGCUACACACUGAAGGUCUGCUGGGAGGAACUUGUCACAAUAAGUAGCGCGGAUUUCUGCAUGAGCUCCAUCAACAACUAUAGUUGGAGUGAGAAGUUUGACAUAGUUGUCAUUGAUGGAGCUCAUGCAGAAAUCCGCGCUACUUAUUGUGACAAAAUAGAAGGGUUUGGUCUCCCAACAUUCUUCAACCGGUUGAUCGAUAACUUGUCAAACCCUCCCAGACCUUCAGUGUGUAGCCAACAUCAACUGGAGGGCUUCCGACAUCGUCUUAAUGGCUUCUGGGAUUGUGUAUUGAAUACCAUGGCACUGAGGUCCUCUUCGGCUAGAGCUGGAUUAUUUACAGGAAUUCAUAAGAUACGGCGCUUCGCCCCAGAGGAAGUGAGACGUGCUUUGAGAGGUGUAUUAUCGAGUACAUAUCCACCUCAGAUUACAUCUGAUUGGAGAGAUUCAAUUGCUGAAAGAGGACAUCCAGUCCUCAAAAAGGUUUUACGGUACAUUCCUGGUGAUUCAGAUCAAAACAACAAAAAGGCUAUGGAGGGUGAAGAUCCGGAUAGGAAGUUUGGGCUUUAUGAACCUGAUGUUGGCAGCUUGUCUGUUUUUCCAAGACAAGUAAAUGAACAUGGAAAGUCUAAGGUGGAUCCAGGAUUGGAAUUGCAACCAGAGGAGAAAGAAAAUUUUCACAAACUUUCAGAGUUGGACUUUCUGACCUCCCAUUACCUCGAAGACAGUCUUCCAGAUUCUAAGUUAGGAUUAGUUAGCCUCUUCACUUCUGCUUGCUGCAUCUGCUUGGCUCAGUCACUCGUCCGCUGUUUGAAUCCUGAGAAAACUGCCUGCGCCAGGCAGCAUCAUCUGGCAUCUGAUUGUGCUUGCUUGAUACUGCCUGUACAGGCAGUUCUCAAGGCAUCAACCAGACAAGCCCUAACUGAUGCUGGCUGCUGCAGCUGCAGCACUAGCUACAGUUGGAAGAGGUGCUGGAGGAUUACAUCCGACGAGAAGUCCUUGGUCGUGGAACCUGGAGCAUCCGCCACCGUGUUUUUGGCUGGAACCUCCUCUGCCGCCGUGUCCGCUGCCGUAUUUUCGGACAACCUGGUCGUGGUCGUGUCCAGGAUUUUGGAUACCGUGGCCGUGCUCGUGGUUUUGGACCCCGUGGCCGUGGCCGUGGUUUCCGACGUGGUUAGACAUGUUAUUUAGCAUUGUUAGUACGAGAUAUGGAGUGUGAUCAUCCGCAUAUAUAUUCAUAUAUUCAGUGUAUGUAUGUGACGGGCGAACUGUGAUCACUGGGACCGGUGAACUAUCCUGACCCUAGUAUAAAUUCUCCUCGUGCAUGAAUUCCCGAUCGCUGAAAGUCUGUAAAAUCUGUCCUGUUCAGAUUUCGUAUGCCCUUUUUGUUCACCAUUAGUCACGUUAGCAGAAACUAAGAAAUUGACGGGCCAUGAUUUAAAUCGAUUGAAAGUAUAUAUGAAAAGUUGUACUGUUCAGAUUUCUUAUUAUUCUGUUUGUUGAACAUCUAGAUUAUUAUUAGCUGCUGUGGUUUAUUGGUGGUUAAUUGGUAUUAUAAGCCGGGGGAAAUAAGCUCUGGA